AUGGCUACUUCACUUCCGCCUCCGAGUAAGCGCCAGAAGAUUGUUAUUGCCGAAAAGGAGCAGGCGACGAAGGAAGCAAGUGCCAUCCCUGAAAACCUUGGAAGCGUAAGAGUACAGUUCGUUGACCAAGCUACCGGUCACGCGACGGGCGCUCCGAUCUCUGUGCCAGUGGCAAGUGCGACUGUAAAAAAUCUUGAGCUGCUAUUGAAUACCGUAAAAGGGCAUAACGCGUCUGAUCGAAUACCAUAUCGCUUUACUUACCUGUCUGCUAAACAAGAAAGCUCGGCGAUAGAUGUCAUAAAUGAUCUUUACCACUCGGUCUUAGAACCAGGUAUAAUAAGUACGGAAGAGUCUAUUCGCCUGUUUCAUACUCCACAGGCCGUCUUCAAGGUUCGCGCCGUCUCUAGAUGCUCAUCGUCUAUCCCUGGUCACGGAGAGCCCAUCCUUGCCGCUGCCUUCUCUCCCGCGUCAUCUUCACGAUUAGUGACAGGUAGCGGAGAUAAGACAGCAAGGAUCUGGGACUGCGACACCGGGACACCUUUCAAGAGCCUGCAAGGCCACACUGGCUGGGUGUUAGCAGUCAGUUGGUCGCCGGACAACACUAUCAUAGCGACAGGCAGCAUGGACAAUACCGUGCGGUUGUGGGACCCAAUCUCUGGACAGCCCCUUGGGCAACCUCUCAGGGGCCAUACCAAGUGUGUCACAGCCCUAGCAUGGGAGCCGUACCAUCUUCAGGCGCCUGGAAGACCUCGAAUAGCUUCAUCUUCCAAGGAUUCAACGGUGAGGAUCUGGGAUGUUGUCGGCAGACGGAUUGAGAACGUCCUCAGCGGACACCGAGAUCAUGUGUCUUGUGUCCGAUGGGGAGGCACUGGCCGAGUCUACACCUCCUCUCGUGACAAGACCAUCAAGAUCUGGGAUCCUUCGCAGGGCACGCUUGUUCAGACUCUGUCAAAGCACAGUCACUGGGUAAAUCAUCUGGCUCUAUCUACGGAUUUUGUCUUGCGCACGGCCUUUCAUGACCACACCGGAGACGUACCAUCAACGCAGGAAGGCAAAAUAUCGAAAGCCAAUGACCGAUUUCAAAAAGCAGCACAGAACGGCAAUACAACUGUGGAGCGUCUAGUCUCUGCUUCAGAUGAUUUCACGAUCUACCUAUGGGAGCCUGCAAAGUCGAAGGAGCCAAUAUCUCGCCUCCUUGGCCACCAGAAACAAGUCAAUCACGUCACCUUUUCCUAUGAUGGUCACUACAUAGCCAGUUCUGGGUUCGACAAUCACGUGAAGUUAUGGAAUGGCAGUGACGGAAAGUUCAUCGCCUCCCUCCGAGGUCAUGUUGGUCCAGUAUAUAUGAGCUGUUUCAGUGCAGACAGCAGGCUACUUGUCAGUUGCAGCAAAGAUACGACACUCAAAGUGUGGGAUAUGGGUACGAAGAAAUUGAAGGAGGACUUGCCUGGCCAUCGAGACGAAGUUUAUGCGGUGGACUGGAGCGCGGAUGGAGCAAAGGUGGGCAGCGGGGGCAAGGACAAGCAAGUGAGAUUAUGGAGUCACUGA